AUGAAGUUAACGCGAUUACAUUCGACGCCGUUGGCAUUAGCUCUGGCAUUGGCUUUGUUUUCGUCGUUCGGUCGUUGCGUCGCCUCGGAAAGCAUAAUAGUAUCCUACGAUGCGCACGGGGCACCGGGCACCGCGCGUCCCGAGAACGGGCAAAAUCUGUCAGCACGAAGUCGAGAAACCUGCGACAGCGAGGGGGAGGAUUUCACCGUGGACAAAAUCCCAAACACCAGAUGCUUCAAUUGUUUGUGCAAGAACGGUUUCGUCGAAUGCAGGAAACAGCAAUGCCCUAGCAUCGAAGGUUGUUACACGCUGCUGGAACCGCGCGAGGACGAAUGCUGCCACAGGUGCAAAGGUUGCGUACGGAACGGAGCGUAUCACGAAUCGGAGACCGAAUGGACCGAGGGAAACGACCCGUGCAGAAUCUUCACUUGCAAGGCCGGAGUGAUCACCGAGUCUCGGCUACACUGUUACACGCCAUGCUCGAAUCCGAUCCCGGCUGCACCCGGUCACUGCUGUCCCAUCUGCGUGGGAUGUCACGUGAACGGGCAAAUGGUGACGGCGGAUAGAUCGGUGACGACGACCGAGGAUCCUUGCGUGACUUGCAGAUGCAACACCGGCCGUCUGACGUGCGCGAAGCAAGCUUGUCCGGUGUUGCAUUGUCCUGCCUCGAGGAUCGUCCACGAUCCCGGAGAAUGUUGUCCGCGUUGCAAAGGUAGCGGUAGAUAUUUGUCGCCGCCCAAGGGCGCAUGCAUGCUAGGGACGGCCCUCCACAAUUCCGGCAAUCAAUUCUACUUGGAUCAAUGCACGCGAUGCAGUUGCUCGAAUUCGGCCAUCUCCUGCGUUCGUGAAACCUGCCCCGUCCACGAUUGCCCGACGGAGCAUCAGAUCGUUCUACCGGGCCGUUGUUGCCCCCAGUGCCCCGAGGUCGAGGAGGUUCGACCGUCUUGCACGUACGCGGGCAAAACUUACGGGGAUGGCGAAACUUGGAAGCUAGACUCGUGCAAGGCAUGCGCUUGCAUGCAAGGUAAGGUACGAUGCGCGAUGCCGAUGUGUCCACCGUUGAAUCUACCCUGCCCUCCGAACUCGAGGCUGGAGCAUCCCGAGGGGCAGUGUUGUCCUCGUUGCGUGGAAAGCGACGGCGUGUGCACGGUGUUCGGGGACCCGCAUUAUCGCACGUUCGACGGAAAGUUUUACAGCUUCAAAGGAGCGUGCAAGUAUCAAUUGGCCAGCGAUUGUUCCGGGCACACGUUCAGCGUACGGGUGACCAACGACGCAAGAUCGAGCCGGUUCUCAGCGUGGACGAAAACGAUCGCCAUCAAGGUGGGCGAUUUGAAGGUGAAUCUCGGUCAAAAGAUGCGCGUUAAGGUGAACGGGAAAAAGGUGGAGGUGCCGUAUCGCGUGGCCGACCGAUUGGACGUGAACCGAACGGCGGACAGCAUAAUCGUGAGCACGCAGAUCGGAAUCAAGGUUCUUUGGGACGGGAUCAGUUUUCUCGAGGUAUCGGCGCCGACUUCGUACAGAGGCCGGCUCUGCGGUCUUUGCGGCAACUUCAAUUCUCUACCGAAGGACGACUUUACGAAUCGAAGGGGCAGAUUGGUGCAGGAUCCUCAACCGUUCGGCCAGUCGUGGCUGGUGGGCGCAAAGAGAAGCUGCACCAGACCGAAACCGGCGGCAAAUCUCGAUCGGGCCAGGCGUUGUCGGGGCCGAAAGGAUCAUCGAUUAUGUAACCGAUUGAGAUCGCAAAUCUUCGACGCGUGCCACAAGAAGGUGAACCCGACCAUGUAUUACAAGGCUUGCCUGCAGGACAUGUGCGAGUGUCCGAGCGAAAACUGCUACUGCGAGUCGUUCACCGCGUACGCUCACGAGUGCAAGAGACUAGGCAUCCAGCUGCCUCAUUGGCGAAAAGCGACCAGAUGUCGAACCGGUUGGGACCAGAGCGUACGUUCGUUGGCACUCGUACCGCGUUUACCUUGACCCUUUCGACGGAGCUUCGUCGAUUACGUCGAGAAUCGCCGAAUCGCCGAAUAGUCGAUCGAACGCGACAAGUUCGGCCAAUUAUCUGCUAGUCACCGUAUCUCCCGUGAACGCGCGCGCGUCCGUCGUUCCCCGUCGACGACCAUCUCGUGCCCAUCUACCCCCAUCUUCUCCCAGCGCGAUCCUUUUUUCGAGCUCGGACGAUUCCGAAGCACCGUGCAGUAUUUCGGCCGAUGAGCAGGCUCGCGGCAUAGCGUCUACGUCCCAGGGUGACCGUGUCUCUUAACGCGUAUUUCUUACCUCCAUCCCCUACUGCCCUCCCCCUCGACCCAUUCAAGUCCCAAAAAUCCUACGCGUAGAUUUAAGCGAAAUCCACUUUUCUCUCUUCUCUAUGUUUUCUCCUGUUUUACCGCGUGUUUUUCUCUUUUCCUCUUUUCUCUCGUUUCUAUCCCUCCCCCACCUCCUUAUCCUCUACCUGUUCGAAUUCUUUCCUUAAUUCCUUUUUUCUACUCGUUGUCGUCUGACCUUUUUUUUCCACUUUAUCUUAUCUAAUAUAAAAUUGUACAUAGCCCGAAUAUAGACACGUGCGUAUGCAUACGCGUGUACACGUACGUAUAAGUAUACAGACAUAACCAACAUCGUUCCGUGCGAACAAUCGCGAAUGUACCGCGAAUAUACCGCAAAUAGUCCAAAGCCUUAGCUAAUUUGUAUCCGACUAUGUUAGCGUAGAGAUAUUUUGGCUCGCGUCGAAUACACAAGAAAUAAAUCAAUUAUAUUCGUACA